AUGCAUAAACCAGACACAAUUAUUGUUGGUUCCAAUAUUGUUAGUGCGGAAACACUUCAAAAAUGGCGAAAUACAAUGAAGCGUUACCAAUCAUUAUCGAACACUAAGUGUCAAUGCACCAACAUCAUUGAAAAAUUAAGUUGUAGUAAUGAUAAGAGAGAAAAUAUAUUAUCGCCUGUUAUUGGAUGUGGUGCAAUCAGAAAGCGUGUUAUUCAAAGAUUAAUUCAUGAAGGGCACACGGUUAUUGUUUAUGAUCCAUCGUUAGCCAAUUGUUCGUCUCGAGUAGAGCCAGAAAAUGUUGCUAGAUCGAAAGGAAUAUUCUGUCAUGAAGGAACCCAUUUUGUUACUUCACCCGAAGAAGCUGUUAAAAAUGUUUAUUACGUUGCUUUUGCUAUUGAUGCUGUAAGUGUGGUGACAACCGGUGGCUGGCCGAGACCCAAAAGUUUGGUAUGGCAAUAA